UUUCUCUCUUUUCUCGCCGCAUCCUGGAGGUUACGACCCAAGCCAAAGGAGAAGAGAAGAGAGAGUCUAGGAGCGAACUGCCGGACCAUGCAGCAUGUUUCAGCAUACGGGUACCCCACACCACCAGCAUCACCAGCAUUUGGCCAGCCGUGUGCCCUUCCCAACCAUUUAGCAGUGCAACAGCCGUGCGGCUUGCCGCGCUUCGCUCCGGUGGCCCCGGAGGAGAGGCUAGGCCGCUUCAUCACGACAACCUUGCAGUUGACGGGCAUCGUCGGGACCGGCGCUUACGGCGUCGUCUACUCGGCCGUCGAUACCAAGACCCAUGUCCGGUAUGCCGUCAAGUGCCUCAGCAAGUUCAACCCGGAUGGGACUCCGCUGGACCGCCGCCAGGUCGCCUUUCAGACCAGGGAGAUCAGGUUGCACUACCUCGCCUCCACGCACCCAAAUGUGGUUUCAAUACUAAAGAUUAUCGACUAUCCCGACGCCAUUUACGUUGUGUUAGAAUACUGCCCUGAAGGUGACUUGUUCUACAACAUCACCGAGUGCGGGCAGUAUGUGGGUAAGGAUGCGCUGGCCAAGAAGGUCUUCCUGCAAAUCCUGGAUGCCGUGGAGCAUUGCCACAGCCUGGGAAUCUACCAUCGGGACUUGAAGCCGGAGAACAUCCUUGUCUCCGACCAUGGAGAAACUGUCAAGCUGGCAGACUUUGGCCUGGCGACCUCGAGUGACCGGUCUGAAGACUAUGGUUGCGGUUCGACCUUUUACAUGUCUCCAGAAUGCCUGGAUCACUCAUCUAGGAGCCCAUUUUACUACUGUGCACCAAACGAUGUUUGGAGCUUAGGAGUCAUCCUGGUGAACCUCACCUGUGGACGCAACCCAUGGAAGCAGGCAUCCUUUGAAGAUUCUACUUACCGGGCGUACACGAGAAGCCAGGAUUUCCUGAAAACCAUCCUCCCUGUGUCGGACGAACUGAACGACAUUUUGGGGAGGAUAUUUACCCGGGAUCCACACCAGAGAAUUACGCUUGCCGAGCUGCGCGCCCGGAUACGUGACUGCCACAGGUUUACAGAACAGCCGACGGCCCAGCUGUCGACACUGCCUGAGCCUGCAGAACACACAUCAACAUACGUUUGCGAAGAGGAACCGGCCAUGGACGACGACUACGAUUAUGAGCUGCCGCUCUCACCUGAUUCUUCGGACGGGGACUCAACAUGCUCUUCCGACGAAGGAUCUCUAACCUCGAGCUGCUCCAGCAUCGAAGACUUGGAGGAAGACGACUUUUUGGAUGAUCUUCCCGAGGCCAAAACCCCACCACCACCAGCUUCCAUUGGGGAGCCGGCAAUAUACGAAGCCGAGGAGCCCAAGGUGGUGCCGCUCCAGGCACAGGAGUACUUCCACCCUUGCCCUGUCGCUACCGCAGGACCUGUUCAGGCCAUGCCGAUUCCUGUGCAGCCAGUGUGCGCGCCACCAAAGUUCCAGCUACAUCACUCUGUUUGGGACAUGUUGAGGUAUGCGCAGCCGUCGCCGCCGACUCCGCCACAGAUCCACCACCCGAUUCCUUUCCACCACCAGGUCCCUCUGUUUGCCCAUAUGCAGGGUUGCUACUAGCUUCCAUCUCUUACCAGAGUACGUUGCUACCAUGUCGCUGCUCCUGGACGGUAACGCCCCACAUACUACCAUCAGGUCCAUUGGUUUUGAGGACCAAGAUGAGUGACUCCGUCAUGGAUUGCUGGGUUUUCUCACAGCUCAACCCAACUCAACCUGAUAAGAAACGUUUUUACCCUGGCGCCUUCCAAAGGGCGCCAACCCGAAAUAAGGAUUAUA